UGUAUAUGUUCUAUAUAAGAAGCCACCAAGUCCCACCAAACACCUGUGUGAAAGAGCUUUGUAUUUGUAAACGACUUGACUCUUGCAUUCUUUCGCAGCACACAUCCAUGUCUACUUACAGUAGCCCUAUUGCAUCAGGACCUUCAGUAUCACAACCAAACGCUGCAUUAAAGUCUGAGCAAUCAACACCUGCUCUUACUCUUCCCAUUCAUCACCAUCCAAACUUGUUUCCAACUUCUCAGCCCAAAUCUCAAACUGGUUAUGCUAGAAGUGGCAUUAAAGUUUUCAAGAAGGGGAUGCCAAUUGCUAGGUCAGUGAACCUUACACAAUUACGUGGUUACGAUGAAUUGAUUCAUAAAUUGGAUCAGUUAUUUGAAUUUGGAGGUCAAUUGAUUUCUUCACAAAAGAAUUGGCUUCUUGCCUACACUGAUUAUGAAGAAGAUAUAAUGCUUGUUGGUGAUGAUCCAUGGGAGGAAUUUGUUGUAAUGGCCCGUAAAAUUUAUAUCUACCCCAAAGACGACUUUCAGAAAAUGAUGUAUGAUGAAAGAUCAAUUAAAGAAAUUCAUAAGCAGGAGAAUGAAAACUUUUACAAGGAAUUCCAUGGUCACAUACACAAGAAUGAUGAAAGAUUGCCUGAAGGAUCAGAUAAUGAAAUGCAGAAUCAGAAGAAUGACACUUUAUGUAAGCAAUUUCGAGGAAAACAGAAGAUAAUUGAUUCUGAAAGCUCAUGGCCCUUAUUAACUUCAAGUACUGACAGAAACACUAAUACAACAUUGUCAAAUUCACACGAUUAUUCCGGUCCCUCGUAAAUUUAUAAUGUAUAGUUUUCGUUAAUAACUAUAAUAAGCUAAUGCAUUUUGGUUUUUGAUUUCAA